AUGAGUGUCGCUCGGUCCUCUGAAUGCCUAUUCUGCCUCUUUUCACGGUCCACUCGUCCGAAGUCCUUCCCUCGUCGCCAGUUCCAUUCGUCUCCUGUCCACCAAAAACGAAAACCCCGUUUCCCCAGCGUGAAGGCAGAGAUUAGCCAGGUGGAUCUCAAUGCACAAGCCAAAGAAUUUCCUCCAGUACAAAAUGGCACGAUCCCGGAUCGAUACUCUCCAGAGCAGCGUGCGGCCAUCGAAGCAGCGCAGAAACUCAUCGACCUUGACAAAAUGCAGAAGCAGACUGGCAUGCGGACAGAUCCCUGGAAGCUAAAAUACUACGAUGAAUUGACCAAAAUCGAUCCGGUGGUGGACAAGCCAGUGCGGGCACCAAUGACCAAUAUCGAUGACAAGUCGAGACUGAAGACAGAUGAAGAGCUGGAAGACGACUUUGUCAAGUUCAUCAACGAGAUUCCUGAACCUAAACACGAAAACGACUACGACCAGGAGCUAUGGGACAAGUUUGACAAGAACCUACGCAUGACAGUCGGACGCGAGGAAGCGGAGAGGAGUCCUCCAACGGCGCUGGCUCCAGACUUGCCGAGGAUUUCGGAGCCCGCCAAAACCCAGAAGAAGAAAUCUAGAGGAGACGAGGAGGGAAGUGGGAGAAAGGAGAGAGUGGUUUCGCCUGCUCUCUUGCAAUUGAUGCAAAUGACCGGAUACAGCGAGAAACAGAUCCUGCAACUCAGAGUCAAGACCGUCAUACAACACCGCGUUGUGAAUCAGACGAGGCUGGGCAAGAUUCAAAAGAUGUACGCUUUAAGCAUUGCGGGAAAUGGUCAGGGCCUCAUCGGCGUAGGAGAAGGAAAAUCGCAGGAAGGAUCUGCAGCUAUCGUUCAGAGCCAGUAUCGUGCCAUUCGGAAUAUGGCUCCUAUUCUGCGGUACGAAAAUCGAACUAUUUACGGCGAUCUGAAAGCCAAGGUCAGCGCCACCGAGCUGGAAUUAUAUGCAAGACCACCAGGCUUCGGACUCCGUUGUCAACAAUACAUUUGGGAGAUUUGCAGAUGCGCGGGCAUCUAUGAUCUGGCUGCCCGGGUGACACGGUCGAGGAAUCCUAUGAAUACGGUCAAGGCCACAGUGCAGGCUCUGUUGAGCCAGAAGCACCCUGAGGAUAUCGCGAGGGCGAGAGGCAAGAAGUUGGUGGAUGUUCGCAAAGUGUAUUACGCAGGCCAAACAUAG